AUGUAUCUGACGACGCUGAACAAACUGUACAAACAAAAUUUUGAAGCAAUCGUCAAAUCCAUAUCCAAUUCAACACUGAAUGUAUCAAUGAUCGAUGAAUGCAUUAACUUGAAUGCAACGCUAGUGAAACAGCUAUCAGCUGCCCAGUUUAUGGGAAUGGACUGUACCAAGGAUCUAGUCAGGAAUGCACCGGUGACGCGCCAAGUCGUGGAUCGAUUCAUGAACAUCUUCUCAACCUUCGUAAUGCAACCGAUCGCGGAUUUGACCACAUGCAACACUGCCCUUGAAAAGGAAUUUUGUGUGACAAAUUUUGAAAAUCGACACUUUCAGCCCAACAUGGGACCCAAUAGGAAUGGCAUUAGCCAGAUGCUUGAGAUGAUGUCCAAAACAGCCUUCAACAACGCCGACUACGCCAUUAUCCGCAUGGAACAGUGCUACGAAUAUGCCGGAAAAGUUUACUCGAGAGUACUCGCCGAAAUAACCAAAUUGAUUAGCAAUUGUGUGUUGAAAAAGAGCACAUCAUAAAGUAAUCUUCA